UUUCAUUUCAUUUUUGAAUAUCAUGUUUCCGUUCAAUUGGAUUGAGUUAUUCGCACCUUUUCUGUUAUAGCAGCAAUGUAUUUGUUAACCUUCGUUGUUAUUCUGGCCCUGGCAACAUUUGACGUCUUCUCACUGCCAUGUCUGUCAAGCAAGGCUAAGAAAGAGUUUGAAACUGUAAGGCAGAAACUCAAAACUUUACAUGCUGACCUCGGAAAAAAGGUUUUAGGGCUUGAUACCGAUUUGAAAUCCAUGGAAACAGAUCUAGCAAAAAAACAAUGGCGGAAAUACAAUGGACAUUGCUAUUACGUUGGUGACGAUGUUAAAUCCUGGUUUGAUGCUGAGCGAAAAUGUAAACAUAUAGGUGGCCAUCUUGUGAAGAUAGACGACAAGCCAGAAAAUAAUUGGCUGAAAUCACAACUUGCAGCUUCUACAUACUGGAUUGGACUAAUUGAUUUAAAAGAAGGGGAAUUCCGAUGGUCCUAUGAUCAACAGCUGGUGAAAUAUAAAAACUACAACAAAGGUGAACCAAACAAUCAUGGAGGUAACGAAGAUUGCGUUACUCUAUUGUCCAGUGGAAAGUGGAAUGACAAUGUAUGCUCCAAUACAUUUAUGUAUAUUUGUGAAAAUAAUUUUUGCUAUUAAAUGGCAACGAAAAUCACAUCUUGAGGCAGAAAACACGAUCGAACGGUUAUUAAAAAUUUAUUUUAAUAAAGAAUUAGUUAGUUUGAAAAUAA